AGUCAUGUGUUUGUUUCAUUGUUCAUUUUAUCAAGCAAAAGAAAGUAGAAACAUAAAACACGGAAAAAAGAAGAAAAAAAACAUGUCACUUUCAUAGUUUACCCUACACACACACAACACUACUCUUACAUAUUUGUUAUCACUCAUUUCCAUUGAUAUUCAUUUCAUUUACCUUUUUAACAAAUCAUUUAUGGAUUCACACGUUUCUUCCAACCUUUCAAUAUUACUAUUACUCAUAGUAAAUUAUCAACAAUUUCCUUACCUUUCUCUUUAUCAGAAUAAGACUAAAAAUCUAAUCUUUUCAAUUUUUUAAUAUUUUUAUCAGGGUAUGAUUUUGGGUUUGUCACUGAUUCAAACCAUGAUGUGAAAGAAAAAAAAAAACCAUUUUCUUUUUACCCUUUAUUGUGCAUAUAGUGUUUUCCUUCCAAGUUGGAAACUUGGUUAGUUUUAUGAUUUUGAUAUGUGUGAUGAAUUUGUCAAACAAAUGUGGUUGGAAGGUUUUAUGGUAGCUUAGGAGAUUGGAGCUGAGGCCAUAGUCAUGAUUUUCAAUUGCUUUGGUUCCUUGAAUUGGUGUAAAGGGAAAGGUCAACCUGUGGAGCAGCCACAUGAACUAGUGAGGAGAGUAGAUCAAAUGGAGGAUAGUCAAAUCGUUAGAGGCAGAGAAAGACGUAGGAAAACUAUUAGGAAAGACCUAGAGAUUAAUGAGCUGGAACGAGUGAAGGAAACUAAAAGCUUUAGCUAUAACUCAUUGAGAUCUGCUACAGGAGAUUUUCAUCCUUCAUGCAAAAUUGGUGGUGGAGGCUAUGGAGUUGUCUACAAGGGAGUUUUGAAGGAUGGUACUGAAGUUGCUAUCAAGUCACUUUCUGUAGAGUCUAAACAAGGAAUACAUGAAUUUAUGACAGAAAUUGAUAUGAUAUCAAAUAUAAGACAUCCAAAUCUUGUGAAACUAAUUGGCUUCUGUGUCGAGGGUAAUCAUCUAAUAUUGGUGUACGAGUUUCUGGAGAACAAUAGCCUUGCAAGUUCUUUGCUAGGUUCAAAAAGUAAAUGUGUUCCUCUGGAUUGGCCAAAGAGGGCUACUAUUUGCCGCGGUACAGCUUCUGGUCUAAGCUUUCUUCAUGAAGAAGCACAGCCAAACAUUGUUCACAGAGAUAUCAAAGCUAGCAACAUAUUGUUGGAUGAGAAUUUCAAUCCAAAAAUUGGAGAUUUUGGUCUUGCAAAACUUUUUCCUGACAAUGUCACACAUGUUAGUACCCGAGUUGCUGGAACAAUGGGAUAUCUUGCGCCCGAAUAUGCGCUUCUAAGUCAGCUUACAAAGAAGGCUGAUGUAUACAGUUUUGGAAUUCUUAUGCUUGAAAUUAUCAGUGGUAAAAGUAGUAGCAAAGCUGCAUUUGGUGACAACAUUUUGGUUCUGGUGGAAUGGGCAUGGAAGCUGAAAGAAGAAAAUAGGCUUCUAGAACUUGUCGAUUCAGAACUAAUCGAUUACGAUGAAAUCGAGGUGUAUCGGUUCCUUGUGGUUGCUCUAUUUUGUACUCAAUCAGCAGCUCAACAUAGACCAACUAUGAAACAAGUACUAGAAAUGCUUUCCAAACAAGUUCAUCUUAAUGAGAAGGCAUUGACUGAGCCUGGAAUAUACAGAUGGAAUACCUCCGGAAAAAGGAGAGGUUCAUCGAAUGAAACAUCGUCGUCAUCUCAAAUAAUUAAGUACAAAAAAUCUGAAAAUCGAUAUCAAACCUCGACGCAAUUUAGCAGUACUGAUAUUGUGACAGAAAUGUUUCCUAGAUGAUGGUUACAUUAAUUUGUGCAAAUGAUGUUUGGUUCAUAUUUCUGUGGUAUGGGAUGUAUUUAUUGUUUUAGUUGUUAGAAUCCUUGUAUAUUUUCACUUCGCUGAUUAUUACUUUCUGGUGUUAAAGGCAUCAUGAUGAAUCUUAUUUCUUAUGUUGUUGGAUACUACAUUAAAUAAAUUAUAAAUGUUUAUGUA